GUGGGGGGAAUGAUUAAAGAAGAAAUAAAAACCAUAGUAUUUAUUGGGUCUCAACUAGUUGCCACAGUAUCAGGCACCUAGUUGGGACCCAAUAACAUGUAAGUUUCUGUUCUCAAAUAGUUGAGGUCCUUUCUCUGAAUACUUAGGGGACCAUAUCAUAUAAUUAUUGCUGUAAUCACUUUAAAAAGGAGCACUUCCAACAACAUUCAGUGGACAAAUUUUUUAAGAUCUGCUAUUGCUGAACUAGGUGCUGAAAAUCCUCAGAUGAAAAACAAAACAAAAACACCUAUUCCCAAGAGAGACUGAAAUGUGAACAGAAAAUAACAGCACCAUGUGAGAAGUGUGCUUGGGUGAGUGAUGGAGGGCUUCCCAGAAGAGGCUAUGUGCUUCAUGGGGAAGGAGUAGGAGCAGACCAAGUAGAAGGGGACGAGACAGGGGAGGACACGGAGGUAUGAGGAAGCACAUUUUCUAUGAGGGGACUAUUUGAAAUACUUCUGUAACAGUAAAAAAAAAAAAAAAAGCUAUAAUAAAAGGGAGGGGCCAGGUACCUGUGAGAGCAGUGGGUUUUGGAUUUUAUCCAAAAGAUGGGGAACCACUGAAGAAUUCCAGCAGGGAGAUGAUGUGAAAGGGGUAAAUGGGAUGUAGUGGGGAGAAUGACACCACCAGUAUUCCUCAGUGGGGAAGUGAGAGCUGGGUGGUUGGAGCCCACACCCACCCCUCUCCAUUUAUUUAGUCAUUCAACAAAUAGUUACUGAGGGCCUGCCACCUACCAGGCUGUAUUCCAGGGGCUGGAAAUCAGGCAACCAACAGGACUGGCAAGAUCUUUGUUCUCAUGGAGACUGACAAUAGAUAAGCAAGUAAACAUGCAAGGAAAUAUUAGAUAGGUGCCACUAGGAAAAUUAAACCAGGCAACAGAAGAGUCUCUGAGCGGCAGCGGCCCAUUCCCUGCCCCCAACACUUACCAAGGCUCCUCUUGAUAUAACUUUGGUUUCCCAAGGAGGCGUUGCUCCUAGAACAAUCUCUAUGGUAAAUAUUAAUAAUUAAGUCAUCUCUCGGAGUGUUUCCAAUGAGCCUUCCUUGGGUAGGGAUAGUCAGAGCUAGUUUUCCCCAGGGCCUGGUCUGCCUUGUAAUUGUUGGUUAAGGGCCAUCAAUUCUGCCAAAAGUCCUAAGUUUAAGGUUUUAGGAAAAUCGCGGCAACCUUGAGACCUUUCCCGAAGUGGUUCCCCUGCAACAUAUGACCUCACCCUCUCCUCACUACCGGCCCCACUUCCAUGUAUAUACACAAUUAUCCUUUAGGAGAGAAACAUUUGAUAGUACGGUUGCAAUUUUGCAUUCCUCCCCUUUGAAAAAUGCAAACGUUUAAAACAGGCCCGCCACUUCGGGCAGGUUUUGCCGCGGAAACCACCCUCCCUCCCCGCCCCCGGAUGUCCAGAGGGCUGGGUGGGGAAUCCCGGGAGCAGCGCACUCAAGAGCACGGGAGCUGGAGGCUGGAGGCUGGAGGCUGGCUCAUCACCCUCAGGGCUCCCUGGGAUGUAAGUCAGAGCUCCUCAGUGCCAGAGGGAUGCAGGCCAAGAAUAAAUACGCGAAUGUUGUAUUAAAUGCAGCUGAAGAAACGAGGGACUGAAAAGGCAGAUUUCCCAGUGUGCCUCAUGGUCUUCCCCCAUUUGACUCAUUUACUCACUGCAGGUUUCUUUUUCUCCACUCUUUUCUCAUUAUGAAAACUUUCAAAGACACAAGAAAUUUCGCUAUUUUAGGGAAAUCUGGCAAAAGCCCCAGGAGGGCCUCUCUGAUUUUGCCCAACUUCUCUGGACUGCCUGAUAGAGCUUGCCCUCUGGGGACUAUCACAACCAGGACUAAAUUAGGGCCCCUGCUCCCAAGCGUUUUUAUUCUAGCUGGGGAGAGAAGUCACGAAUACAAACUUUCUUUUCCCUUAAAAUAGUUUACACCUUACAAAGCACUUUCACAUUCCUGAUCCCGUUAAAAUCAUAAAGCUAGAACUGAAAGGAAAUUUAGAGAUCAUCUCUAGGGGUCAAAUAUUGGCAAAUAUUGGGCCACUUGCUAAGCUCCUGCCCAUGGUAGACAUGGCUAACAUACCGCACACUCACUCGUUCAUGUAUUCAUUUAUUUAGCAGACAUCCUCCAUGUUCUACAUCGCAUGUUAGAAAUAAAGCAGAAAACCAGACAGACUCGUUUGCUACCUUAUGGACAAACAAGAGGAAGAGAGACAUUAAACAAAUAAUUACAUGCAUGAAGAGUGUUUUUAGGCCGGGCGCGGUGACUCAUGCCUGUAAUCCUAGCACUUUGGGAGGCCUAGGCGGGAGGAUCACUUGAGCCCAGGAUUUCGAGACCAGCCUGGGCAAUAUAGGAGACACUUUUUUUUUUUAAAGUAUUUUUAAAAGCCGAUGUUGGGGCAGACUAGGGCAUCACACACUGGGAGGUACCCCGGGGAUGCGACAGGGUCGGGAAAGACUCCCUCGGGAAGAGAUGUUUAAACUGAAGUCUAGGGGAUUAGGAAACGGAGUCUCUGAGAGGGUGAAGAAAUAUUACAUACGGGUAUGAAGCAUGGCCUGAGUGAGGUCAUGCUCCAGGGCCGAACAAGGGGUUAUGGAUGCUUAGUGGGGGUGGGUGUCCAGAGGAAACAGAAGGUUGGUGGAGCAAGGCCUUAAAGACAAAUAGGUUGACAUGGAGAGAUGGGUGGAAGAACUUGAGCCAAGGGCAGAUAUUAUUGUUUCUCCUCCUCCCGCUUCCCAGGGAAGCAGCUCUCAUCUAGUGUCAGUAAAAACAAAUACAAAGUUAUAAUUUAUUGGCCACCUAGUAUGUGGUGGCAAUUUUCAUGAAUUCUCACAUGUUCCUUGCGAGACAAGUAUUCUUCUUCUAGUUUUACAGAUCUAGAAAAGGCUUGGAACGGCUAGAGACACUUGCUAAGCCUGGCCGUCAAGUAGGCAGCAGAGCUAAGAUUUGAAAGCAUGCCGGCCUGCCUUCCUAGGCAGACGCACUUUCCACAACGCCUCACUGCCAUAAAAAUCCCAGGCCGAGGCUUGCUCUAACAGCAAUCAAAUACCACUUGGAAAAGGACAGAUCUUUGAGGACUCAGAAAUAGUUCUGGAAAAAGGAUGAGCAGAGGUGCCCCCGGUGGGUGGAUACCAUUAGGCAGAGGUCUAUGCGGAAGAGGCCGACUUGUGGCGUGGGAGGUAGGGAGGAGUAAGAAGUGAUUGACGGGGCGUCCCUGGCUGCUCUAGGACUACACUGCGGGGAGGUGCCCGGCUCUAACCACUGCCCGGCCCGGUUAAUCAUUUCCUGACCUUCCUUCCUCCUCUCGCUCUGGCCGCAGGAUUGCCACAUCAGUCUUCCCCCUCCCCCUGCUCGCCUUCUGGCCCCGAGGCUCCUUCGCCGGGUUUUACAAGGAGCCCCAACUUGGAAGCAAUAUUUGUAACAGCCCCGGACGUCCUCAAGUUCCCCAGUGAGAUCGCAGGCUCGAUCCAGGGCUUGAAAGUCCUACGACGUGCUGGAGGUAACGCAAAUGGUGAGUCACAGUGACAGGGUUUGAACGCGGGUUCGUGGGCGCCCCUGCGGGCCCAGCCACGCAGCAUCUAGGUGGCUGGCUAACGCCACGUGUUCAGAACCUAGAAAGGGCUACGGAUCGCACCUGCCGCAAGGAGCCUAACGCUAAGUCGGGACUGCCCUGGCACCCAUGAAACCCGCUGCCCGCCUCCCCCGGGGCCAGGCCCUUGGCCUCCCCAGCUUGUUUCUUCGUGUAUAAAAUGAGGGCCACAGUGCCUGUCUGCCCGAGAGGUUUUAAUGUUCUUCUUUACACUUCGCCGAGCGGCCGGAUUUUUACCACGAAGCCACCGAGUAGCCGCACCACGUAGGUUCAGUCUCCUCCGCCCACCGCAGGAAACGCCGCGGACGGCCCGGGGUGCCCUGCUCGGCGCCCCACCGUUCCCGGGGCCGGGGAAGCAGCGUGACUAGGAAAGUCACUUCGGAACACAGCCGGACUCUGCGCCACUGCUGGAGCGCGCCGGGACCCCACCCCGCGGGGUGGGCGGGGGCGGGGGCGGGCCCGGGGGCGGGGCUUGCUCGGGGGCGGGGCGGGGAGGGGCCGGCCUGGGAAGGCGGAAGCCUCCAGUCUAGGGGUGGCUGCAGAACCCGGAUCUCGGAGCUACACGUUCUACGGAGCGGGGCGCCGGGAGACGGCGGGCGAGAAAACCCGGCGUCCGGAAGCCCGUGCUUUCUUUGACGCAAGGGCUCGAGACGCAGCCGCCGUCGGCCGAGAGCCCGGCUAGGAGCGACACCAGACGGAGCCUCCGGAGUUCCUCCGCCCCCACCUCGCCGGGUCCUGGAGCCGCGGUCCUCCCAGCUGCCCUCCUCGUGGCCAUGGAGUGUCCACACCUGAGCUCCAGCGUCUGCAUUGCUCCAGACUCAGCCAAGUUCCCCAACGGCUCCCCGUCGUCCUGGUGCUGCAGCGUGUGCCGGUCCAACAAAAGCCCUUGGGUCUGUUUGACUUGUUCAAGUGUCCACUGUGGAAGGUAUGUGAAUGGCCAUGCAAAAAAACAUUAUGAAGAUGCACAAGUACCCUUAACCAACCAUAAGAAAUCAGAAAAGCAAGAUAAAGCUCAGCACACAGUAUGUAUGGAUUGCAGUAGCUACAGUACAUACUGUUAUCGCUGUGAUGAUUUUGUGGUUAAUGACACCAAGCUGGGACUGGUACAGAAAGUCAGAGAACACUUACAGAACUUGGAAAACUCAGCUUUCACAGCUGACAGGCAUAGGAAAAGAAAACUUUUGGAAAACUCAACACUAAAUAGCAAGUUAUUAAAAGUAAAUGGAAGCACCACUGCCAUUUGUGCCACAGGCCUUCGGAAUUUGGGGAACACAUGUUUCAUGAAUGCCAUCCUUCAGUCACUCAGUAACAUUGAGCAGUUUUGCUGUUAUUUCAAAGAACUGCCCGCUGUGGAGUUAAGGAAUGGGAAAACAGCAGGAAGGCGGACAUACCACACCAGGAGCCAAGGGGAUAACAAUGUGUCUUUGGUAGAAGAGUUUAGAAAGACACUCUGUGCUUUAUGGCAAGGCAGCCAGACUGCAUUUAGCCCAGAGUCCUUAUUUUAUGUUGUUUGGAAGAUUAUGCCAAACUUUAGGGGCUAUCAACAGCAGGACGCCCAUGAAUUCAUGCGCUACCUUUUGGACCACCUACACUUGGAACUCCAGGGCGGUUUUAACGGUGUUUCCCGCUCGGCAAUUCUGCAGGAGAAUUCUACUCUGUCUGCAAGUAACAAGUGUUGCAUAAACGGAGCAUCUACUGUUGUCACGGCUAUAUUCGGAGGCAUUCUCCAAAAUGAGGUUAACUGCCUCAUAUGUGGGACAGAAUCUAGAAAGUUUGAUCCAUUCCUAGACCUUUCAUUAGAUAUUCCAAGUCAGUUCAGAAGUAAGCGCUCUAAGAAUCAAGAAAAUGGACCAGUUUGUUCAUUACGAGAUUGUCUUCGCAGUUUUACCGACUUAGAAGAACUUGAUGAGACAGAGUUAUAUAUGUGCCAUAAAUGCAAAAAGAAACAAAAGUCCACAAAAAAGUUUUGGAUUCAAAAACUACCCAAGGUGCUAUGCUUACAUUUGAAAAGAUUUCAUUGGACAGCAUAUUUAAGAAAUAAAGUUGAUACAUACGUAGAAUUUCCACUGAGAGGCCUAGACAUGAAAUGCUACUUACUAGAGCCUGAGAACAGUGGCCCGGAGAGCUGCCUGUAUGACCUCGCUGCUGUGGUGGUGCACCAUGGUUCCGGGGUUGGUUCUGGACAUUACACAGCAUAUGCAACUCACGGAGGCCGCUGGUUCCAUUUCAAUGACAGUACUGUAACACUGACUGACGAGGAGACUGUGGUGAAGGCGAAGGCCUACAUCCUUUUCUACGUGGAACGCCAGGCCAAAGCUGGAUCGGAUAAACUUUAAUACCUCCUCCAAAUCAUCAUUCACCAACCAUACCAGAGAAACAUUUCCAGUUUUCCACAAAUACUUGAUCCAAGAUUUAAUUUCAUUAUGCACUUUUCAAUUUCCUAUUUUGGGUUUAGUUUUGUCAAUGGUAGUGACUUACUGAACAUGGGCACCAACUAAUUUUGUUGUUGUUCUACCAGAAAACCUCAGCAGACAUUUUGAUUUGCUGCUUUAGUUGUAAUAAUUCAAUUUUUAUAUGUAGUUGUAAGAACUUAGUCUUAUUUGACUUAUUUUAUGUUAAUGUUUUCAGUUCUCACUUUGAGGCACAUUUACAUCAGUGCUUUUGUUCCUCUCACAUGCUGAAAGCAAGAUAUGUUCCUUAUUGUGAAGAGCAACACAACUGCCUGCUGCCUUUCCACAGCUGUAAUGGAGAUCAGGUUGACUCUAAAUCAAGGAUCAUGUGUGCACAAUACUUGUGGCCCACAAAAUUUCACAGUGACUGCUGAGGAAUCAUUCUUUUUGCCUGUAAAAUAUAACAAAGGGCAUCAUUAAGUAGACCAGGUAAUUACUGCUUGUCUCUCGAGGCUGCUGUUUAUCAGCACUAAAUAAAUUUGUUGGUUCAGUUGUACUUGUCCUGCAAAUACAAGAAUUACUCUC